AUGGAUGAUGGUACAGUUGAUACUUGUUCUAUAUCUUGAAUUUUGGAUUUUGAAAUAAAAAUGGCGAAGAAUUUAAAAGCAAUAAAAUCGCCAUCAGACAGACUGUCUCUCUCAAACUGUUUUAUUGUAAACGAGGCAGACUUUCCCAGCGAGGAAAUACAACAUGUCAAAUUACGUGACACAGGACAUCGGACACAGGAAUAUAUAUAUUCUUUAUUAAAAACAGUGGAAAUUAAAGCAGGCUUUGUUGGUGUUAGUUUAAUACAGAGAAAAUGGACAAACAUAGCUUUAAAUCAAGUUUUAGAAGUUCAGCCAUUCAAGUUUCCUCCAAAUUCAAAUCUAAACAGCAUCACUCUAGAAGCAGAUUUUCUUCAAAAAUCUCGUGUUACCCAAGAACCGUAUGAUACAGACAAGAUGUCUGAAGUGUUUGUUGACCAGUUUUGCAAUCGAGCAUUCUCUGUAGACCAGCCGUUUGUCUUCACAUAUGGUGAUAAGAAGUAUCUUCAGCUUAUGGUGAUAAAAAUGGAUGUCUUAGAUCCUAAGAAAGCCCUUGCAUCAGAAUCCAACUUUGAACUUGUGGAGGUCAAAAAAGGUGUCAUAUCUGGAAAUACAAGAAUAAUAUUUGAGAAGGCUGAGGGUUCUGCGCUAAAUUUGGUUGGAAAAUCCAAAGGAAAAUCAGCGACACAGUCCAUUAUUAACACUGAAUGGGAUUUUACCAAACUGGGCAUUGGAGGAUUGGACAAGGAAUUUUCCACCAUCAUUCGAAGAGCGUUUGCGUCAAGGCUUUUUCCUGCUGAGCUUACUGAGAAAAUGGGAGUGAAACACGUCAAAGGGAUUCUGUUAUACGGACCUCCAGGAACUGGUAAAACGUUAAUGGCUCGACAAAUCGGGAAAAUGUUGAACUGUCGUGAGCCAAAAAUCAUCAGUGGACCAGAGGUCCUAAAUAAGUAUGUUGGAGAAUCGGAGGCUAAUAUCAGAAAAUUGUUUGCGGAAGCCGAAGAUGAACAGAAGAAGCACGGUAUUAACAGUGGACUGCAUCUUAUUAUUUUUGACGAAUUUGAUGCCGUUUGUAAGUCAAGAUAUAGUUAUGGUUCUGGUGGAACAGGAGUUCAAGAUUCAGUUGUGAAUCAAUUGUUAGCCAAAAUUGAUGGUGUAGAACAACUAAACAAUGUUUUACUCAUUGGAAUGACGAACAGAAAAGAUUUAAUCGAUGAAGCUUUGCUAAGACCUGGGAGAAUGGAAGUUCAAGUAGAAAUAAGUCUCGCUGAUGAACCCGGUCGUCUUCAGAUUCUCGAGAUCCACACACGAGCCUUACGCGAGAACAACUUGUUAAGUGAAGAUGUUGACCUUGGCGAACUCGCUGCACAAACCAAGAAUUUUAGCGGAGCUGAGAUCGAAGGCCUGGUGCGAGCAGCACAGUCGAACGCUAUGAACAGGUUUCUGAAGAUGACAACGACGUUGGAAAUCGCCCCAGAUGCCGUCUCCAAGGUCCUGGUGAGACAGACAGAUUUUUACCAUGCGCUCGAGCACGAUAUCAAACCGGCGUUUGGUGCCAGUGAUGAUGAUCUGGAGUAUUUUGUUUCUAAUGAAAUAAUUCGUUGGUGUCCUAUGAUUGAACAGAUCAUUUCUGAUGGCAAAUUGCUAAUAGAACAAACAAAAGUUCAUGACAGCUCUAUGGGACCUGUCAGUGUCUUACUUGAAGGUCCUGUUGGUGCUGGUAAAUCAGCCCUUGCUGUUAAUAUGGCGCUUGCAUCGGAAUUCCCUCUCAUUAAAAUGUGUAGUCCAGAAAGUAUGACUGGAUUCUCCGAACAAGCAAAGUGUAAUUCGAUUAAAAAGGUCUUCGACGACGCUGAUAAAUCCGAAUUAAGUUGCAUCAUCAUUGAUGACAUUGAAAAAUUAUUAGACUACGUUCAAAUCGGGCCGAGAUUUUCAAACAUGGUGUUACAAGCGUUGUUGGUUCUGCUCAAGAAGAAGCUACGAAAGGGCAAGAAGUUGCUUAUAGUUGGCACAACAAGCUGUAAACGUGUCCUUCAUGAUAUGGGAAUGGUUCAAAUAUUUAACAUGGUGCUUCAUGUGCCUGGCUUGUCUAGUUUGGAUCAGCUUAUUACAGUGCUGAAGGAAAAAAAUUUAUUUGAAAAGAACGAGUUGGACAAGAUACGAAGUGAAAUUGGACAGCGAAAGUUAUGGAUAAGUGUCAAAAAAUUGCUGAUUCUUGCUGAAGUUGCCAUCAGGACGCAACCCUCGUCAAGAGUUAAAAAGUUUAUUUCCCUGUUGGAAGCCGAGGAAUGCCUAAAAGAUUUUACGUAAGAACAAACAACUUCACGUGAAUAAAAAGUAUGUAUGCUGUCUCAAUCACCACGCACGUUCGAACACACUCGAUAAUGAUCAUAAAACGAUGAUUAACAUAAUAUGGGCUGCUUGCACAGCUACGAAUUUGGUAAUUUAUGAAAUUUGGUAACGUAAUAACUCUCAAGGGCGUACUGAGGUCAUUAAUGACCCGAAGCCUGGAGAACAUUGGGGUCCCGAACUUUACUAGAUUUGUUUUUAUAUUAUUUCGUUCGAGUUUGGAAGAAUCGAAAGAGCUGAAAUUAGGUUUGUAUAGAUGUCCAUCACAUGGACAAUCUUCAACCGGUUCAGAUUAUAUUUCCAAACGAGGUAUACGGAAGUUAUCAGUCCGUGCCUAACUAUACUGCAGGUCGUCUACCUGAAAAUAACGUUACAAAAAAAAAGCAAUAUACUUUUCUUUAGUUUCUUAUAAUGGCCUCAAACGCGGAAAGCCUGAUGUUACACGAAGUUUGAUUGGCUCGUUAGUUCUCCGGAGCCAAUCAAACUGCGCGUGACAUCAGGCUUUCUGCGUUUGACAUAUACUUAGUGUAUUGAAAUUUUGACAUAAAAACUAUCUUGUGAAGACAGUUGGGAUAUAUACCGAUUAGAAGCCGUGGGCGGAAGUUCAGCUCGUAAACGUUCCUGGGUACGCGGGGGGGGGUGGGUGUAGUUAUACACUUGGGUUAUACAUAUACACAGGGGGGGGCCGCAACGAAGGUUUACGGUAUACAGCUAAUUAUACUCAAAAUUUUCCAAACUCAUUAGUUGCGGGGAUUGAAAAUUCGAGACCUUUUUAGUGUCUCCUGGUAUAGCUUCAUAAGCCCCGCUCCACAAAAUAUUAUUCAUAGAUAUUCAAUAUUAAAAAACCUCCCUCCUUUUAGUGUACACUUAUUCGAAUAAAUCUUUAAUCUAUGCAGAUGGAAAUAGGAAAUUACGGUAUUUCAUGUGUUCAUGUUUUACAAUAGCUGACAAUUUUUAAACACUAGUCCUCCUGUCUCCCGAAAUGGAUUUUUUGAGGAAGGUAUUUUAUUCAGAAAUGCAUCGUGUUGAACAUUCUUUUGACAAUACUCGAUCAAAUCUUGUGAACAUUCACUGAUACUUCUUCGUUUGAUCAUCAAAAGUCGACGCAAGCGGCUCACCUCCUUUUCCAUUUUUUUGAUCUCUUCACGGGCCUCAGU